AUGCGGGAGUAUAAGGUGGUGGUGCUCGGCAGCGGAGGGGUGGGGAAGUCUGCGCUCACUGUCCAGUUUGUCACCGGGACAUUUAUAGAGAAGUAUGAUCCGACUAUUGAAGAUUUCUAUAGGAAAGAGAUCGAGGUGGAUUCCUCUCCGUCUGUGCUGGAGAUCCUCGACACCGCCGGCACCGAGCAGUUCGCCUCCAUGAGGGACCUUUACAUCAGGAACGGCCAAGGCUUCAUCCUAGUCUACAGUCUGGUCAACCAGCAAAGUUUUCAGGACAUCAAGCCUAUGAGAGAUCAGAUCAUCAGGGUCAAAAGGUACCAGCAGGUGCCAGUGGUGCUGGUGGGUAACAAGGUGGACCUGGAGGAGGAGAGGGAGGUGUCCCCCAGCGAGGGCCAGGCGCUGGCCGAGGACUGGGGCUGCCCCUUCAUGGAGACGUCGGCCAAGAGCAAGACCAUGGUGGAUGAGCUUUUCGCCGAAAUCGUCAGGCAGAUGGACUUCUGCCCUCUGCCCGACAGGAGAGAGGCCUGCUGCCCCGCCUGCAGUGUUCAGUAGCAGCCGAUCAGCCUGCAGGAGGGGUGAUGGAUGAGAGGAUGCUAGGAAUUAAAAUGCAAAUGAAUUCUUGUUAGAUAGAUUAAAGGAUGGAGGGGUC